AUAAUGGGUAUGAAGGUCACUUGGUCAUGAUAUGUCCAAUUUCGGGCAUUGGGGUAUAUAUUGGAGCAGCGGUAGUUAGAGUUGGUACAGUUCACUUUUGUUGCUUAUUGCAGUAAUAUACACCAAAGGUCACUUCAAAAUGGCAUUCAAAUUCGUUGCAGUUCUUGCUUUGGCUUCAGUUGUAAGCGCUGGACAUUUGGGUUUGGCUCCAGCUUAUACCGCUGCCUAUGCUGGUCAGCCACAUUAUGCAGCUGUUGCUCCUGCCCCAGUAGCAUAUGCAGCUGCACCAGCCGUUGUUAAAGCCAUCCCUGUCGACUACGAUGCUCCAGCCAAGUACGACUUCUCGUACGGUGUAAGUGAUCCACAUACUGGUGAUGUAAAGAGCCAGGCUGAAUCCCGUGACGGAGACAACGUUCACGGAUCCUACAGCUUGAUUGAUGCUGAUGGCUUUAAACGCACUGUCCAUUACACUGCCGACGAACACAAUGGAUUCAAUGCCGUGGUCCACCGCGAACCAUUGGCUCAUGCUGUAGCCACACCAGUCGCUAAGGUUAUUGCUGCUCCCAUUGCUGCUCCUGUUCAUAUUGCUGCACCUGCUUACGCUGCUACUCAUGCCGCUGCACCAGCUCACCAUCUGUACCAUCAUUAGAUAGAUUGAGUGCAUUAUGAAUGACCAUUUAGUAUUAGCGAAUGUAAAUUAUUCACUGCAUAAUAAAACAACAAAAAGACUAA